CAGCGCAUCGUGUAAGGUGAAGGCUCCUCGCCGCCAUUACAACACAGCUCGACGUCGUUGGUCCACGACCGUCUCGUCAACUGCUGCCCUUUUUCUUUGCCCACACCGCCAUUACCUCCGUUGUCGACUGGGCGACGACUUUGACGCAGUAUGCCUUCAGAGAAGUCCUUCAAACAAAGGAGAACAUUCGAUCAGAGAGUAGAAGAUGUCCGGCUGAUCCGGGAGCAGCACCCUAACAAGAUACCCGUGAUCAUUGAACGCUACAAAGGAGAGAAACAACUUCCCAUCCUGCACAAGACCAAGUUCUUAGUGCCAGAUCACGUCAACAUGAGCGAACUGAUCAAGAUCAUCAGGAGGCGCCUCCAGCUCAAUUCCAACCAGGCGUUCUUCCUGCUGGUCAACGGCCACAGCAUGGUGUCCGUGUCGUCCGCCAUAUUGGAGGUUUACGAGCGAGAGCGGGACCAAGAUGGCUUCCUCUACAUGGUGUAUGCCUCCCAGGAGACCUUUGGUGCCGCGUCUUCCCUCCAGUGAUCAAACUUCCUUUUCCUCGUCCUUCUUCCCGGCCAGCAAUUGGACAAUUUUAGUUUUUAGCUCCUCUAGGUGUUCUUUCCCUCAUAAUAACCUCGUUUUGUCGCCACCGACUAAGGUCAUGUCCACACCAACACGGAUACUUAAUAAACACACACUUAUCUGUGUUUAGGCCUCUUCUCCACACCACAUGCAUACUUUUGGUUUUCCAAACGCUGGACAAAGUGUAGAGCAGGGGUCGGCAACCCGCGGCUCCUUGGCCACUCUGAUGUGACUCAGCUGCAUAAUCGCCGACCCCCCGACUUUUACGGAGGGAUUCCGGAUUUCGGUGCCUCUCCCGGACAUCACCUGGGGUCAACAUUCUCCAAUUUUCACUCGGACUACAAUAUUGAGGGCGUGCCGUGAUGGAUUUACUUUUAACGUCCUCUACAACAUGCCAUCGCGCCCGCCUUUACGCCAUGCUAUGCUAUGCUAUACUAUACUAUUUGCGUGCCGGCCGGAAGCAUGCAUUUCGCUGCUUCUAUCGUCACACGUACGAGAUUGCAAGGCACACUGGGUGAUACAGGUUACACUGAAGGUUGUUAUAUAAACAACUUUAACAUAGCUCGGUUGGUAGAGUGACCGUGUCAGCAACUUGAGGGUUGCAGGUUCGAUUCCCGCUUCAGCCAAUCUAGUCACUGCCGUUGUGUCCUUGGGCAAGACACUUUACCCACCUGCUCCCAGUGCCACCCACACUGGU